AUGUCGAGCCCUCAGAUCGGCAUCGACCGCCUGCCGACCCGCCGCGUCUCCAACGAGCCGCGCGAGGCCAUGAACUGCAAGAGCUGCUGCAAACGCAAGAUCAAGUGCAACAGGACACGCCCGACCUGCGAAGCCUGUCAGGUCUUCAACUGCCCUUGCAUCUACGAUGCCGUCCCCAAGAAGAGAGGGCGCAAGACGGACGUGCCCGAGGCGAUGCGAAGAAGA